AUGAUUGAGGUGGUCGGCCAGAAACGGGGUCGCCAGGCCGCCGCGGACGAGGCGAUGAAAGCAGCCGAGGCCAAGCAGAAGGAGCUGCAGGAGGAGGUCGCUCAACUCACCAGGGAGUUGGAGGAGAAAGAAAAUCGCUGCGCGGCGCUUGCUGCGGAGAAAGCUUCCCAGGAGAACCGCUGCGUCGCCCUUGAGGCAAACAAGGCCUCCUUGUCCUUGGAGGUAGAAUCUGUUUCUGCUCGAGUGGUCGAGCUGGAAGGGGAGAAAUAUGAUCUGAUCCAGCAGUUGGAGGUGGAGAGGAGCGAUCGGGUCCGCCAUGCAGAGGGAGCGGUAGAAUCCUUCAAGUCCUCUCCUGACUUCACGGUAGUCGCGAUGGAGCGGAUGGAAGAGCUAACGGCCGCUUGGCUCAAAACUGAACCUGGGGCUCAAUGGAUGGUCAAGGAGGGAACCAAGUCCUUCAAUUGCAGACUCUUCCAUGCCCAACAGGUCUUCCACGACAGACUGGCCCAGCUCCCUAAAGGAUUCUCUCUCCCCGACCCUUGGCUUCCCUCCUCCCUGCCGCUCCUUGGCCGAGUUCAACCCCAGUCCCUAUCUGGACGGGGGGAGCUCGAGCGCGUCGGAAGAAGAGGAAGAAGAAGAAGUGGAAGGUGGUCAGAGCGACCAGAAUCCAGGGGCCAGCUUAGCCACAUCCAAUGCGGGUGGACCUUCCGGCUCGGCCGUCUAAAUCCCCCAUUGUUCCCCCAUAGCUUUACCAACACUUGCCUCUCUCUUUUCCUUCGGAAUGAUUUGUCGUUUUGAUACAAUGCUCCUAUGUUGUUUGAUUUUCUAGAUUCACCAUGUGCUUUCUCUCUUUGGCACUUUACUUCAGCACUCUCUUUUUUUGAUUUAGCUGGUUAACAUGUAUGUUUUAGUUUGGGCCCAACUCCUAGUCCCGGCCCGUUUACCUGUCCGG